AUGAUGAUAAUUCCCAGCACAAAUUUCAUUACUCGUCCCAUCCCCAAAGCGUUUAAGUUUGUGAAUAAUGAUUCAGCGGAUCAGCUUCAAAGCAUUCGGUCUCUUUUAAAAAAUGGACAGUUUAUUCGCCAACCAGAAUGGCUUGUCCAGUUGUAUGCUGAAACAGAAGAACAAGCUAACUGA